UUAGUUUCGAAACCACUAAGCCCAAUAAAAACUGCGAGCCCAAUAAAAGGAACAGAAGAACCAGCCAUAAUCCCCAAUAUAAAUACCCUUUUCGUCUAGGGUUUUUAGCUUCUCUUCCUGCAAUCGAUUUACAGCAGUCGCCAGGUAAGAGAAGAGGAUGUCGCACAGAAAGUUUGAGCACCCAAGGCACGGUUCCCUUGGAUUUCUUCCAAGGAAGAGGGCUUCUCGCCACAGAGGAAAAGUAAAGGCUUUUCCCAAGGAUGAUCCAAGCAAGCCACCACAUCUUACUGCUUUCUUGGGUAACAAGGCUGGAAUGACUCACAUUGUGAGAGAGGUCGAAAAGCCUGGAUCAAAACUUCACAAGAAGGAGACUUGUGAGGCUGUGACCAUCAUUGAGACCCCUCCCAUGGUGGUUGUCGGUGUUGUUGGCUACAUUAAGACUCCUCGUGGCCUUCGUUCAUUGAACACUGUCUGGGCCCAACAUUUGAGUGAAGAGCUCAGGAGGAGGUUCUACAAGAACUGGUGCAAGUCCAAGAAGAAGGCUUUCACCAAAUACUCCAAGAAGUACAACAGCGAUGAGGGAAAGAAAGAUAUUCAGGCUCAGCUUGAAAAAUUGAAGAAGUAUGCAACUGUUAUCAGAGUUUUGGCCCACAACCAGAUUAGGAAGAUGAAGGGCUUGAAGCAAAAGAAAGCUCAUCUUAUGGAAAUUCAGGUCAAUGGUGGCACUAUUGCCCAAAAGAUUGACUAUGCCUAUGGUUUCUUUGAGAAACAAAUUCCAAUUGAUGCCGUCUUCCAAAAGGAUGAAAUGAUUGAUAUAAUUGGUGUGACUAAAGGUAAGGGUUACGAAGGUGUUGUUACCCGUUGGGGAGUUACCCGUCUUCCCCGCAAGACUCACAGGGGUCUGCGUAAGGUUGCUUGUAUUGGUGCUUGGCACCCUGCUAGAGUUUCAUACACAGUUGCCAGAGCCGGUCAGAACGGUUACCACCAUCGUACUGAGAUGAACAAGAAGAUUUACAAGCUCGGAAAGUCUGGUCAGGAGUCUCACUCUGCAAUGACCGAGUAUGACAGGACUGAGAAGGACAUUACUCCAAUGGGUGGAUUCCCUCAUUAUGGUUUAGUGAAAGACGACUAUAUCAUGAUUAAGGGCUGCUGCGUUGGACCUAAGAAGAGAGUGGUGACCCUGAGGCAAUCCCUCCUCAAGCAGACAUCCCGUCUUGCCCUUGAAGAGAUCAAAAUCAAGUUCAUCGAUACAUCCUCCAAGUUUGGUCAUGGUCGCUUCCAAACUGAAGAAGAGAAACAAAAGUACUAUAAUAAGGCGCCGGUUAAGGCUUAAAUUUGUAGUAUCAGUCAUGCUUGUAGCUCCUCUAGAAUUCAGAACGUGUCUUCUCUACCGUUUUGUACCAGUUAAUUUUGCCAAACCAUCAAGAGUAAUCUGUCAUCUAUACAUUUGUUUUUUUUUAAAGCGAUAUUUUUGCUACUGACAUUGAAAGUUUUGCUGGUAAUUGAUGGUUUACUUGAUA